AUGCUGAAGAUGCUCUCGUUCAAGCUGCUGCUGCUGGCCGUGGCGCUGGGCUUCUUCGAGGGGGAGGCCAAGUUCGGAGAGCGGGGCGAGGCGGCCGCCGCGCGGCGGAGGCGCUGUCUGAGCGGCGGCCCCCCGAGGCGCCUGAAGCGGCGGGAGCGGCGGCUGCUGGCCCAGCUGGAGCCGCUGGCGGGCGGCGGCGGCGACGUGCUGUGCGGCGGCUUCUACCCGCGCCUGUCCUGCUGCCUGCUCGCCGACAGCCGGGGCCUGGGCCGCCUGGAGAACAAGAUAUUUUCUGCUACCAACAACACAGAAUGUGGUAGGUUGCUUGAGGAAGUCAAGUGCGCACCCUGUUCUCCGCAUUCUCAGAGCCUGUUUCACUCACCCGAGAGAGAAGUCCUGGAAAGAGACCUAGUACUGCCCCUGCUCUGCCCGGACUACUGCAAAGAAUUCUUUUAUACUUGCCGAGGUCAUAUUCCAGGUUUCCUUCAAACAACGGCUGAGGAGUUUUGCUUUUACUAUGCGAGAAAAGAUGGUGGGCUGUGCUUUCCAGAUUUUCCCAGAAAACAAGUCCGAGGGCCAGCCUCUAACUACUUGGAUCAGAUGGAAGAAUAUGACAAAGCCGAGGAGAUCAGCAGGAAGCACAAGCCCAACUGCUUCUGUGUCCAGGAGGUGGUGAGCGGGCUAAGGCAGCCCGUGGGUGCGGUGCACAGUGGGGACGGCUCUCACCGGCUCUUUAUUCUGGAAAAAGAAGGUUACGUGAAGAUUCUGACCCCUGCAGGAGACAUUUUCAAGGAGCCUUAUUUGGAUAUUCACAAACUUGUUCAAAGUGGAAUAAAGGGAGGAGAUGAAAGAGGACUGUUAAGCCUUGCAUUCCAUCCCAAUUACAAGAAAAAUGGAAAGCUGUACGUGUCUUACACCACCAACCAAGAGCGCUGGGCCAUGGGGCCGCACGACCACAUCCUCCGAGUUGUGGAGUACACGGUCUCCAGGAAGAAUCCCCACCAAGUGGAUUUGAGGACAGCCCGGGUGUUUCUGGAAGUCGCAGAGCUCCACCGCAAGCACCUGGGCGGACAGCUGCUCUUUGGUCCCGAUGGCUUCCUGUAUGUCAUCCUCGGGGACGGGAUGAUCACACUGGACGACAUGGAAGAGAUGGAUGGGUUAAGCGACUUCACAGGCUCCGUGCUGAGACUGGAUGUGGACACAGACCUGUGCAACGUGCCUUAUGCUAUCCCUCGGAGCAACCCCCACUUCAACAGCACCAAUCAGCCCCCAGAAGUGUUUGCGCAUGGGCUCCACGACCCAGGCAGAUGCGCUGUGGACCGGCAUCCCACUGAUAUAAACAUCAACUUAACAAUACUUUGUUCUGAUUCCAAUGGAAAAAACAGAUCAUCAGCACGAAUCUUACAGAUAAUAAAGGGCAAAGAUUAUGAAAGUGAGCCCUCACUUUUAGAAUUCAAACCAUUCAGUAACGGCCCCUUGGUUGGUGGAUUUGUUUACCGCGGCUGCCAGUCUGAAAGACUGUAUGGAAGCUACGUGUUUGGAGACCGGAAUGGGAACUUUCUAACUCUCCAGCAAAGUCCCGUCACAAAGCAAUGGCAAGAGAAGCCGCUGUGCCUCGGCACCGGGGGCUCCUGUCGAGGAUAUUUUUCAGGUCACAUCCUGGGAUUUGGAGAAGAUGAAUUAGGCGAAGUUUACAUUUUAUCGAGCAGUAAAAGCAUGACCCAGACUCACAAUGGAAAACUCUACAAAAUUGUAGAUCCAAAAAGACCAUUGAUGCCUGAAGAAUGCCGAGUGCCCGUGCAGCCCGCACAGACGCUGACGUCCGAGUGCUCCCGGCUCUGUCGCAAUGGCUACUACACCCCCACGGGCAGGUGCUGCUGCAGCCCGGGCUGGGAGGGCGACUUCUGCAGGAUCGCCAAGUGUGAGCCGGCCUGUCGACACGGAGGCGUCUGCGUGAGGCCCAACAAGUGCCUGUGCAAGAAGGGGUACCUGGGGCCGCAGUGCGAGCAGGCGGAGCGGGGCGCGCGGCGCGCGGCGCGCGCAGGUAUUCUCGAUCAGAUCAUUGACGUGACCUCCUACUUGCUGGACCUCACCAGCUACAUUGUCUAG